AUGGCUACCGAAUCACGCAUCGCGCUUAUGAAAGAGCGAUUUUAUAGUACUUUAGCGUCAUUAAGAAUGUUAACAAACGCUAAGAACACUGCUUAUAUUGAAGAUAAACGUUAUAAAGAGUUAAUUGAAGAAGUUUCCACGGCAAAAAUAACAGCCAGAAAGACUUCUCGUGAUUAUUGGUUAUUGCGGCGAUACUAUGUGCUUACCAUUGACCAGAAAAGUAAGCUUAUUUUUCCUGUUAAAGACACUACAAGCACUAUUAUUUACUACGCAUGUCGUAGCGAGUUAUUCGACAUAUUACACGAGGCACAUAUUCAAAUUGGUCACGGCGGAAGAGAUCGUAUGAUGAAAGAGGUAGGGAGUCACUACAAAAACAUAACACGUAAGGAUGUAGAAAAUUAUCUUGACUUUGUGAACCCUGUCAACAAAAGCAAAAAAACAUCAAAAAAGGCAUUGUUGUAA